ACACAGUUGUAAAGGUGUGCCAUGGCAUUUUUGGAACGAGGCCACUGACUUGGUGAUGACCAGCCAGUGUUCAACUGCUCUCUCCACAGUCGCCAAUAAUCUCCCUUUUCAUCAGAUCUGUGGGCUGCUGUUUCACUUCCCUGACUUUUGUUCCCUCCAGCAUGACUCAGGGAGCAGUAAGAGCAGGGGUGCACCUCCAGACAGGACAAGUGAGUAGCUGCAGGUGAUGGCAGUCACCAGCAGUGCCCUCACUCAUAGAAUACAGUCCCACCACACCUGAACAGUGUAGCAGAAGUAGAUGCCAAUAGCAGUAGCCCAUCAACAGUCCCAAAGAAGAUAAGGUGGUGAAUCUGGUCCAGGUCCACCCAGUGAGUGCAGUGGUAGGAGAUGGUGCCAGAGAUGGGACUGGAGACAAGCUGCCUGCAGUGGAGUUCUAAGGUUUGUCCCAGAGAUAGAACCGAGGCUAAGUUCACUUCCAGGAUAGCUCAGACAAGGCAGGACCUGGGCCUCGGCUGAAAUGGAGCUCCUAGACCGCGGGCAGAGAGGCAUAGGUGAGGGUCCAAUGUGAGGCAGUUUGGAGUACUUCAAGCCUUUUAGUGUGUUCAACGACCAGACAGCUAGGAAUUCUUCCUUCCUCCCUGUGCUCUCCCCAUGAGCCUUUGGGAAGGUCCACUUGACUUUUGCCUCCUCUUCUUCCCCACAGUUUCUCUCUUGUUGUUUCCUGUGGGGACUCUUUCAUCCCUCUUGUCUCUGAUGAUGCUCAGUUUCCUACAGUGCUCUGGGGUGGCUCUGUCCUCUUUCAUGUCUUUCCUGUUGCCUUUGUGGAAAUCGUUCUUACUGCUCCUCUUCUGCUUCUCUGCUCUCUCUUACUUCCUCUGUCUUUGCAGAAUUUCACACGAGAAAAAUUAAAUUAAUUACCUCUCUCUCCUUGUCUACCUCUCAAGCCUGUCUGUAUCAUUAGUAGUCAUAUUAACCUCACAAACUCCUAGUUAAAUUUCCUUCUUUCUUCCUGAUUGCUCAUUAUCCAGGCUAUUUAUGAAUCAAUGCAGACCUUCUGUUGGUGUUGAACUGAAGCAUAUCAGCUCUUCACCCUCACUUCUUUUAAAAGCCUUUGUAGACAUGCUGAUCAUUCCUCACUUUGUCUGUUGGCUUUCCCCUUCUUGCUGCAUUGUCCAUCCUGUUCCAAGUUCAGCUGCUUAAAAUCUCCUACCUGCUGCUUGAACCAGAUUGCUCCCAAAUUUACUGUCUGAUGACUUAGAAACUGCACAGUGUCACUUUCAAGCUCUUGCUUCCUUCUGCUGCCACUUUCUCUCACUCCAGUUUUUCCCCCUUCCUCCAAGUCUUCUUGGUAAAGGGCAGGUAUCAGUUCUACAUUUUGUGUGGCACAGGGCACAGUCAAUAAGGGCUUACUGAAUUCUCAGGAUUGAUUUUUAUGUACUUUAAAGGCUCCUUCACCCUGUUCAGACCGAUUGUGUCAUUGAUACUGCAAGAUAUCUUAGAAUUAUAGGGGUGGUCUUAAUAUAAAAGGGAGCUGGAUGAUAAUGCUCUCCAAGUUGUUGUAGUGUAGAGGCGGAGAAAUUACUUUAGUAUCUUUUCAGAGGCAGUCCUGGGUUGGGAAGGUACAGGGUCUUCACCUUCAUCUCAUUUCAGUGUUUCUGUACUUUCUGCCUUUGUCCCCAAGUUCCUAUUCCUCAAAAGCUGAGCAUUAUUUGUGGUCACAACUGGUUAAAGUGAAAUUUGCUGUCACCAGCAACUCAGUUUUUCCACAAAGUACCAUCCUUUCUCCCCUUCCUUAUUAUGUUCUUGUGUACCUUGGAGAAAAGUCACUGGGAAGCCGUUCCAAAAUUUGCUUCCAAACUGCAGAGGAUGAAGUGCAGAUAAGUCUUGAGCCUUCUUAAGAUGCUGCCCACUGCAGUUUAAAGCACUGCAGGAUAGGGCUCUGUUCCCUCUCCAAAGAAGUAUUCCGCAGUCUGUACUGCUUUUGCCUGCUGAUUUUCAGCAUGAAAUCCCUCUUGCAUGGAUUCGAUGCUGUCCUUUUAUGUGGACCACAGCAAGCAAUUCCAUCUCCUUCGUCUGCAUCUCCCAUUGUGCUGUACCUCCAUAAACCUUAUGUAGAUAAGCAACUAUAAUGGAGAGGCAAAAGAGAAAACAAGAAAUAGAGAAAGGACUUCAGUUCAUUCAGUCCACAUUACCCCUAAGCCAAGAAGAUUAUGAGGCCUUUUUGCAGAAGCUGGUGAGAAACUUGUUUGCAGAGGGCAAUGAUUUGUUCCGAGAGAAGGAUUUCAAGCUUUCCCUGGUACAGUAUGUAGAAGGGCUGAACAUAGCAGAUUACGCAGCCUCCGACGAGGUGACCAUCCCAAAGGAACUCCUCUGCAAGCUCCAUGUCAACCGAGCUGCCUGCUACUUUGCCAUGGGGUUGUAUGAGAAGGCGCUGGAAGACAGUGAGAAGGCUCUAAGUCUCGACAAGGAGAACAUCCGAGCAUUAUUCCGGAAAGCCCGUUCCUUAAAUGAACUUGGAAGACACAAAGAAGCAUAUGAGUGCAACAGCCAAUGCUUGCUGUCCCUCCCACAUGAUGAAAGCGUCACACAACUGGGACAAGAGCUUGCCCAGAAGCUGGGACUGAAGAUUCGAAAAGCAUACAAAAGACCUCAGCAGGAAUUGGAAACAUUCUCACUACUCAGUAAUGGCACGUCAAUCAAUUCAUCAAACCAGACUACUUCUAAUGGAUUUGGCUCGAUAGAUGACAUUGAAACAGACUGCUCUGUGGACCUGCAGUGCCUCCCAGCUCCUGUGGCCAUCCCUGUGAAAGAGGGGCUGGCCCCUUUGCCGUCUGACUCAGAUGUAAAGGGCUUGCCCACCUCGCUUCCUGCUGCCAGCUUGCUCCCGUCUCCAGACUGUGUACCCUUGCCAGUUCCUGAGAACAUGGAGGACUUCACAGAUGGGGACAUCAUUGGGGAAGAACUAGACUCCCUCCUGGAUUCCCUUGCUGAAGGGUCACCAUACCCUCUAUCUCUGGUCCAGAGCAUCGUUCCUACCAACCUGCCAACAGAGAUGCCCCAGUUGAUUCCUGUGUUUCCCGGGGGAACUCCGCUGCUGCCUCCAGUUGUGACAGCCAGCAUCCCUGUCUCCACCCCUCUGCCACCUGCCUCCUUUGGCCUGGUGAUGGAUCCCAUCAAACAGCUCUCCUCCUCCUCUGUCCUGGAUGCCUUUGAGGCCCCACCAGGAGGAAGUGGCAGCUCCACUCUAGAUUCGCUGGAUUCCCUGGAUCUGCUUCCAUACACAGAUACACGGCUUGAUGCCCUGGACUGCUUUGGGACAAGCAAGGGGUCACUGGAUACCUUGGAUUCCUUUGCCAUUGAAGAAACUAACUCUCAGGAACUGCGACACCUACCUGGCAGCCAAAAACCAGCCCCAGUGGUUAGCCUUGGUGGAGUGAGUCAGCCAGCUGUGCCCAAGGCCACCGAGCACCUGCUGUCCCAGCCAGAACCAGUAAUGCCCAACACGGCUCUGCUGGUGAAGAACCCCCUGGCGUCUACUCACGUUUUCAAACAAGCCUGUCAUAUGUGCUACCCCAAAACAGGGCCCAAGGCUGGCGAUUACACCUAUCGAGAAGGCUUGGAGCACAGGUGCAAGCGGGACAUCCUGCUGGGCAGGCUGAAGAACUCAGAAGACAAGACCUGGAAGAGGAUCCGUCCUCGUCCAACCAAAACCAACUUUGUAGGAUCCUAUUAUCUGUGCAAAGAUAUGCUUAACAAGCAGGACUGUAAGUACGGGGAUAACUGCACCUUCGCGUACCACCAGGAAGAGAUCGACGUGUGGACGGAGGAGAGGAAGGGGACCCUCAACCGUGACCUUCUCUUUGACCCACUAGGUGGGAUCAAGCAGAGCAGCCUCACAAUUGCCAAGCUCCUCAAGGAACAUCAGGGCAUCUUCACCUUUCUCUGUGAGAUUUGCUUUGACAGCAAACCCCGGAUUAUCAGCAAAGGGACCAAGGACACACCAUCUGUCUGCUCCAACCUUUCUGCAAAACACAGUUUCCAUGACAACAAGUGUCUGGUCCACAUUGUGCGUUCCACCUCCCUGAAAUAUUCCAAGAUACGUCAGUUCCAGGAGCACUUCCAGUUUGACGUGUGCCGACAUGAGGUGCGUUAUGGCUGCCUGCGUGAGGACAGCUGCCACUUUGCUCAUAGUUUCAUUGAGCUCAAAGUCUGGCUGCUGCAGCAAUAUUCAGGAAUGACCCAUGAAGAUAUUGUGCAGGAGUCUAAGAAGUACUGGCAGCAGAUGGAGGCACAUGCCAGCAAACCAGCCAACAGCAUGGCUUCUCCCCGGACUCCCACGUCAAGCACCUUUGACCUCCAGAUGAAAUUUGUGUGUGGCCAGUGCUGGAGGAACGGGCAGCUGGUGGAGCCAGAUAAAGACCUCAAGUACUGUAGUGCCAAAGCCCCCCACUGUUGGACUAAGGAACGCCGUGUCCUGCUGGUGAUGUCCAAAGCUAAGAAGAAGUGGGUGUCAGUCCGACCACUGCCUUCCAUCCGUAACUUCCCACAGCAAUACGAUUUGUGUAUCCAUGCACAGAAUGGCAGGAAAUGCCAGUAUGUGGGCAACUGCUCCUUUGCCCACAGCCCUGAGGAGAGAGACAUGUGGACCUUCAUGAAGGAAAAUAAAAUACUAGAUAUGCAGCAGACCUAUGACAUGUGGCUAAAGAAGCACAAUCCUGGGAAGCUUGGAGAGGGAACACCACUCACCUCGCGGGAAGGGGAGAAACAGAUCCAGAUGCCCACUGACUAUGCAGACAUCAUGAUGGGCUACCACUGCUGGCUCUGUGGGAAAAACAGCAACAGCAAGAAGCAAUGGCAGCAGCACAUCCAGUCAGAGAAACACAAGGAGAAGGUCUUCACGUCAGACAGUGACUCCAGCUGCUGGAGCUACCGCUUCCCCAUGGGCGAGUUUCAGCUCUGUGAGAGGUUCCAGAAGAACAAGGCCUGUCCUGAGGGAGAGGAGUGUCGCUAUGCCCAUGGGCAGGAUGAGUUGACAGAGUGGCUAGACCGGAGGGAAGUGCUGAAACAGAAACUGGCCAAAGCUCGCAAGGACAUGCUGCUCUGCCCCAGGGAUGACGACUUCGGCAAAUACAACUUCCUAUUGCGUGAUGACAUAUAGUGUGAGCUGAGGGGAGUCUGUCAGCUGCAGAAGUAUGGGGUGGGUUUUCUGAGCGGCAGUAGCAGGGAGAGUGAGAUCUGCGUCUUGCAAAGAAAAGUUUUUCUUUUGUUUUAAGAUUAUGAGACAAUGACUUAAUAGUGAUGAAUGAAUUUGUGAAUUUGA